AUGGAGAGCUUCAUGGAGUCGCUGAACAGGCUGAAGGAUAUCCACGAGAAAGAGGUCUUGGGCCUGCAGAACAAGCUUCUGGAACUGAACUCUGAGAGAUGCCGAGAUGCCCAGAGGAUGGAGGAGCUCUUUGCCAAGAAUCAGCAGCUCCGGGAGCAGCAGAAGGCGCUGAAGGAGAACGUGCGUGUGCUGGAGAACAGGCUUCGGGCCGGCCUGUGUGACCGCUGCAUGGUGACCCAGGAGCUGGCCAGGAAGAAGCAGCAGGAGUUCGAGAGUUCACACCUGCAGAGUCUGCAGCACGUCUUCCUCCUGACCACCGAGGUGACCAGGCUGAAGGAGGAGAACAAGAGCUUGAAGGAGGAGGUGAAGCAGCUUCAGGGCCUGGAAGACAGGCCCAAGCCCCUGAGCAGGGAGGGUGCCAUGGACCCCCCCUUACCCCUGCUGCUGCUCUCUCCUGGUGGCCAGAAGGCCAGUACUGAGAAGUCACCACAAGGCCACAAGGAGCACGAGGCCGAGCGCCCCGGCACGGAUCCACGUGGAGAAGAGCAGCCGCUGGGGUACAGGACAUCGCCUGUCACCAGAAUCUCCCCGGGUGCCAACCUGCCCGAGCCACAGGCCCCAGACUUGAGCCCCCAGCGUAUCUCUAACCAGCUGCAUGGGACCAUCGCCGUGGUGCGGCCUGGGUCCCGGGUGUGCCCCGCCGAUCACGGCUCCAUCAAUGGGACACCCCCGCGGGCCACCAGGAGCAGCCCGCCCAGCCCUGACUACGAGCCCAGCCUCCCCCUGGACAGCCUCCUGCGGGCCUCCCGGCCCCCCGCCAUGGCCUUUGAGGCCCUGAAGCGCUCCCUGCAGGCUGACCGCCUCGGCCUCCUGAGCCACCACCUGGCCUUGCACCUCCACAGCCCCCGCAGCAGCCCCCUGACCCCCACUACAGCCCCUGGUGGCCCCCGGCCAAGGAGCCUAAAGGCUGUGGAGACCGAGGGCUGGGAGGAGCCCACAGGCCUGCUGGGCCUGCCGGGGACCCUGGUGGACGUGAGGGACCCACGGCUGGAGGGCACACUGCACCUGCUCCUGGCCCAGCAGCAGCUUCGGGUGCGGGUGGGCAGUGCCAGGCCAAAGGGCAUGCCUGUGCCGGGGGGUAUGCCACCCUCCCCACCCACUGGCUCAGACUCUGAGGGCCCCGAGGACGUCAAGGUGGCUGGGGCAGCACUGACCACAGCAGCCCGGCAUGGGGAGUGGCGCCCACGGCCCACAGACCCGGGCAGCCCCAGGGGAGAGGCAGCUAUGGCUGCACAGGAAUAUGCCCCAGACAAGCCCCUAGACCUCUCAGACCGGGGCCGCAGUCGCACCACCCCCAAGCCUGCCUGCCGCCCUGGGUCACUCAGCCCCCCAACCACCCGCACUCCCAGCCCGGAGUCACCCCAGGGAGCUGAGCCACCUGCCCAGUCUGGGCCCCCAACCCCCAGCCCCCAGGCAAUCAGCAGUGGCGCCAAGGGGUCCAGAACACCAGAGUCUGAGGAGUCCCAAGCGCCAGCGGUGGAAGGGCGAAUGAACUCAGAGGGAGGCCUGGGCAGCCUGCCCGCCCGCAGAGGCCUGAUGCUGAUGGCCACACAGGUGGGCAUGAGCCCUGCCCAGGGGCACGGGGGCCUGGCCGGGAGAGACCCAGAAAUGGAGUUGGGGGCCAGGGUGGGUGCUCCUCCAAGCACACACUGUGAAGGGAAGAACAUCUUCCGAAUUAGGGCUGAGGGCAGCUCCCACUGCAGCCAGAGUCACCACGCUCCCAGGCCACCUCCUGGCCUGACCGGCACCCUGUAUCCCGCAGAGUCCAGCAAGGCAGAGGCGCAGAGGCCAGAGUCGGACGGACUGGACGAGCCAGACACCUCGGACAGUGAGAAGGCCCCCAGUUCCGAGGCGGAAGCCAAGCCCAGCACACAAGGGGACGGGCCCAGGUGCUUCUGCGACAAAGAACUCGGGCAGGGUCUGCAGCGCAAGCGGAAACGGCCGUCGGACCCGCGAGGCAAAGUGAGUGGCCAGGCCAGUCCCUUCACCUGUGGGAUUCGGUUUCCGCACCUGUCAAAGGGGCCGAUACUGGAGCUACUGGGAGGUUUUAGUAUCAUUACGCGCAGAGCGCCGAGGACAGCCAUCAUUCCCAUCUUCAGCAUCACCAUCACCGUCAUGCCCACAGCGGUCCUGGAUGUAGCCACAGUCCUGUCCACACGGUCAGGGGUCAGCAGGCAGGCCUCCCCCACGGCCACCCCUGCCCUGAAGGCAGCCCAGCAACACUCCCGUGGCACUGCCCUGGUGGUCAGUGAGAAGGGGCCCGACACGUGUCGGGCACCCACUGUGCAGGCAGCGUGCCCCAGGCUCAGCACCAGGCAAUGUCCCUGUGCCUCGCCCGUGGAGGGGGAAGGCGCAGUCGUUCCUGCCUUUGGGCUUCAUGACCCACCGGCCCGGAAGCCCCAGGCCGGGGUCUGUGGAGGAGCUCUGGUCACCCAGAUGUCCCUUCUCAAGGCACGAGGGGUGGGGGGAGCCUCCAAGAAGUCGUCCCGAGGGAAAAGGAAACCUCAGGAGCCCCUGGCCGUGGCCGGGGGGCCUGGGAGCCUGCAGGACGCUGAGGACAGCAGCCCCUCACCCAGCAGCCGGGGUUGGGAGGAGACCUAG